GUGUAAGAAGAAUAACGUCUGGAAGUGGGCGGUCCAAAACACCAACAGCUGAGAUUGAAAAAUAUGCCUACAGAACUCCUGUUACACCUCUGCAAAAGCAGCUGCUGCCGACUGAAGACGAAAGCUACAGCGCAGAAAACCUGCGGCGUCUCGCUCACAGUCUGAGUGGAACCGUCAUCGGGCUGAGACCACUGAACCCCCCACACUCUUGUGACCCCUCCCUGUCUAGAGCCCCCAUCAGACACUCAGACCUUCACUCCUCCUCACUCCCCCUGCGUCACCAAAGUACCUCCUCCUCCUUCACAAAAGAUCACUCCUUCCCCCACCCCCGACACCACGGCCCCCCAGCUCCACUGCACCCACACUUGCAGCCAUCACGGCCCCCCAGCUUGGGGCCCUCAACCUGGGGACGCUCAGGACCUCCAUGCCCCCCCCAGCAGCAGUUUCUGGUUGUGUCUGAUAGGGGUCAGACCGCCUCAGGUCUCCGCAGUGUUGCCCUGAAUUACGGCACUCUUCCUAGAGCUCCUUGCCGCACCCUGCCUCCCUCUGGAACCUCCUCCCUCCCCAGACCCAGAACUGGUCCUGCCACCCUGCCUGGUCCACAGAAUGUCUACGCCACCCAUGGCCCCCCUCACCACUCUAUAAACACCUCCAGCACCAACGGGCACCAUCAGGAAGUACGUCUGUCUAGUAGAGUCAAUGGAGGGGCAGCGGAGCACUCCCGAGUGUCGGGGGACACUGUCCAGCCACGCCGCCUGGACGUCCCUCCUGAGACCGACUGGCGCCAUGAUGCUGCCGUCAGGGUGGGUCAGUCCAGGUGUGCUCCGCGUCAGCAGCCACUCCAGCAAACUAACAGAGGCCCUUACAGAGCCACUCAGCUCUGCUCGCUCUGCCUGCAGCUUCCCGUUGAGCCGUCCUGUCCGUACUGCCCGUCCUGCAGAGCUCACGUGGCCCGGAUCCGUCUGAGCAGCAAACGGUGACAUUUGUUCAGCUGCAGCGAUGACUGUGGUGAUCUACACUGAAACCAGAGCGAUGACGGUGGUGAUCUACACUGAAACCAGAGCGAUGACUGUGGUGAUCUACUCUGAAACCAGAGCGAUGACUGUGGUGAUCUACACUGAAACCAGAGGAGUUUUACCGCCUUCCCUCCUCUAAUAUCAGCCGGUCCAACAUAACACACAGAACACGUCUUUGAACGUUUGCUACUUCAAAGCACAUUCAGAUUUCUUCUGAAGCUAAAACUGAUCACAGAGCAGCUGAUGAAAAGGAGCAGAUUACAGAGCAGUUGAUGAAGAGGAGCAGAUUACAGAGCAGCUGAUGAAGAGGAACAUAUUACAGAGAAGCUGAUGAGGAGGAACAGAUUACAGAGCAACUGAUGAGGAACAGAUUACAGAGCAACUGAUGAGGAAGAACCGAUUACAGAGCAACUGAUGAGGAGGAACAGAUUACAGAGCAACUGAUGAGGAAGAACAGAUUACAGAGCAACUGAUGAGGAGGAACCGAUUACAGAGCAACUGAUGAGGAGGAACAGAUUACAGAGCAACUGAUGAGGAAGAACCGAUUACAGAGCAACUGAUGAGGAGGAACAGAUUACAGAGCAGCUGAUGAGGAGGAACAGAUUACAGAGCAGCUGAUGAGGAGGAACAGAUUACAGAGCAACUGAUGAGGAAGAACAGAUUACAGAGCAGCUGAUGAGGAAGAACAGAUUACAGAGCAGCUGAUGAGGAGGCUCAG